AUUUUUGGAAUUCAACUCACAAAUUAAUUUCCAAAUCUUUAUCAUUUAUGAGAAUUAAAAAAAUUAAUUAACAAAUUGUAAUAAUGAAAUUUAAAUAAAUAUUAUUUAAAUCCAAAUAUUACAGGCUAUAAAAUAUCGUUAUAAAGUUGACCACCGUCUUAAUUUCACUUAAGAUCACAAUAAAGCUACUAGACCGAUUGCAGGGUGCUGCCUUAGCAGCAGUCUAUCUUGUUUGCGUUUGGAGAGCAUUAAAUUAUGAGCAAAAAAUAAAGCGCGCGCUCAACGCUUCGCACUGAAUCACUCCGCGUUCUGCUUGGCCACGUCGCUGCCUACGCGAAUAUGAGCUGAGACGUCGAAAAUGGGGCCUGUUCUGGAGCGUCGGCAGAGCUUCGACACAAAUUCGCCAAAGAGCAUACAGGCAGUCGUUUACUUUGUUUUGAUAACGCCGGUACGCGUUGUUCUCGUUGCGCUUUUAUGUUGUGGCGUGGCGUGUUGUUGUUUGCUUUGUUUUUACAAACAAAACACGAAGAGUGCAUUCAACCGCACAGACAAACAAAUACAAUAAACGCGCAUAUAAAGACGUUUAUCAACUAAAACAAGUGCUUGCACACGCCUGCCUAGCAUUUUGUUAUAAGGUAUAAAUAGUAAUUAAUUUUAGUAUUAAAUAUAUUGAACAUAAGGUCAAGCGUUGCUCGUGUAUAUCGCCCGCGUUGUCAUAGAACUUUGCGUGCUUGAACAAUGGUGGACUCCACUACCGUGCUGCUCGUGUUCGUCACUGUGCUGACAGCUGUGCUCGUUUGGUCGCGACGUACAUAUGUUUACUGGCAGCGGCGACGCGUUAAGUUCGUGCAGCCCGUACAUCUGCUGGGCAAUUUGAAAGACGUGCUGUGGCUGCAGACUUCAUUUCCUUUGCUGCUGCGCGAUUACUACUUCGAUGCACAAUUCAAAGAUGAGCCCGUGGUUGGCAUCUACUUGUUCCACCAGCCAGCGCUGCUGAUACGCGAUCUCAAUCUGGUGCGCACCAUUUUAGUGGAGGACUUCGUCAGCUUCUCGAUGCGCUUCUCCAAAUGUGACAAGCGUGUGGACAAGCUCGCGGCGAACAGUUUGUUCUUCGUGCGCAAUCCCGAAUGGCGUGAGAUAAGAACGCGGCUUUCGCCGGCAUUCACCAGCGGUAAGAUCAAGCAGAUGUUUGCACUGAUGGAGGAGGUUGGCUGUGAUCUCGAGUCCUAUCUGCAGCGUCUUACUGCCAACGGCAAUCAGCGCCGCAACGCUGUGGUGAAUGUCAAAGAGAUUUGCGAUCUCUACAAUACCGAUCUGAUCGCCAGCAUAGCGUUCGGCUUGCGCUCAUAUAGUUUGCGCAACAAGCAGACGGAGCUGGGCAGUAAUUGUAGCGAAGUGUAUACGCUCACCUAUACGCGCGUCAUCGAUUUGUGUGUCAUCUUCUUCCUGCCCAAAUUCGUAUCGUUAUUGCGGCGCCAUCUCUUGCCACCAACACAUGCGGACUUUUUACGUCGCACCGUGUUGCAAGUGAUUGAGGAGCGCGAACGCAAUGGCAUACUACGUAAUGAUCUCGUCGAAAUGUUGCUGACGUUGAAAAUGGAGGCGGCGCUCAAUCAGGAUCACACGCAUUUCACGCACCAACAAGACUAUUUGGUCGCGCAGGCGGCCAUGUUCGAACUGACGGGCAUCGAAAGCUGUGCCAUGACCAUGACGUUUGCAUUGUAUGAGCUGGCUAAGCAGCCGUUGUUGCAGGCGCGUCUACGCGCUGAAAUACGACAGAUGCUGGGUGAUGGGCAAGCGCCAGCUAUUACUUAUGACAAGGUGCAGGGUAUGCGUUACCUGGCGAUGGUGGUGGAUGAGACGCUGCGCAAGUAUCCGAAUGUGCCGAUUUUGGAACGCGAAUGCACGCCGAUCAAUAAGAAGCGUUUCGUCGCGUUGCGCCCGUACGCGGACUGUUUUGUGCGUCGCGGCAUGCCCGUUUACAUAUCGAAUUUAGCGAUACACCAUGAUCCACAGUAUUGGCCCGAUCCGGCGCGCUUCGAUCCGGAACGCUUCUCACCAGAGAACCGCACACUGCACAUGCCCAUGUCGUAUCUGCCCUUUGGAGCUGGUCCGCAUAACUGCAUUGGCAUGGCCAUAGCGCAGGUGCAGAUCAAACUCGGCCUCAUACAUUUUCUGCACACACAUCGUGUGGAGAUUUGCGAAAAGACUGUCGACAACAUCGAAUUCGAUCGGAAAUUUCUGUUGUUGUCGAAUAAUAGCGACAUCUAUCUGAGCGUCGAGCGUUGCUUGUGAUUGAGGUGACAAGAAGCGCUUGAGUGUCACACAACUCUGUGCUUAUCAGUUAACACUUCAGCCCGAUAUCGUAUACAUGCGCGCAUACUUAAGUGCGUGCGGCACGUUUGCGUACCAUAAGCGGCCUCCGUGCGCAUUGUUUUUGUGUGUUGAAUGAACCAAAGCAGUUGCGCCCGCAAAAGAAUUUAUGUUAGCUUUAUAAGUCGAAUGACCAGUGCAAAGCUCGUUUGUGCCGCUUCAGUGAACUUUUCUAUUUAUUAUUGUCGCUUUUACAACAAAAACAUAUAUACCUACUUAUACAUAC